CACACGUAGCAACUGAGGUAUUGUUCUAUUGAGUUGGGAGGACCUGACAGCACGCUAGGUAGGAUAUAGUAUUGAUUUCUAGUAAACUAAAGAUAUAAUUCAUAUUGCGAGCAUCAACGGGAACUAAACAAUGCUAAGGCUACAUGAAAUGUCCGCUUAAUACACUUCGAGGGUUUUUUUUUUCAUCAGUCUACUGUUAACUUUUAUAGAAAAUUAUAUUUAAACCAGGGAUCGCGCACCCUACUUAAUGUAAUGAGGUGUUUCUUCCACUCGCCUUUGCGGCUGAUUAUUGGUUGUUCAAGGAAGAGCAGUUCCCUUUACUUGUGGUUACACCAAAAGAUCAGGAAUUUUUUCCAUAAGCACCAGAUUUACCAUGAACGAUUGCCAGUGCUCACCUGGGGUUCAAUUUUACAUAACACGAAACUAAAUUCUUUAAAGGCAACGCAGAAAUUGAGUAAAAUCCACCAUUUCUUAUCACUGGACAUAAAAAAUGGAUUUGCACAAAUUUGUUACUUGCAAUAAGUCACAAAAAUGUGAAUACUGAGGAGUAAAUAUUGGGCAAGGAUAAUAAAUGCCACAUUUGCAUAUACAUGUAUACCAAAAGUUACUAGCCAAAUGUGGUAUUUACCAUGGUUUGCCACAUAUUUACUCCUGAGUAUUUAUAUAUUUACGACAUAUUUUCGGGGAGCAAAUAUGGGCAAACCAAUUUUUUUGUGCAUUAAUAAUAGCGAAAAUCCCUAAACAACUAAAGGAAGAAAGCAAAGUAAAACGAAACUUUCAGCAAAGAAACGACAGUAAUAAUAAUAUGAAGUUCGUCCCUCGGCAUUUUGUUUUGCCUUUUGUUUGUUUGUUUUUUUUUUUCAUUAUUCGACUUCAUUUUACACAGGAACGCUUUUUGCGGGCUCAGUAUAGACUAUCUUUCUGAAGAAAAUAUUGAGAUUGACUUGUUAUUUUGGACGAAAUUAAAGUAAUAAUUAAAACCUAUUCAGACGGGUUUUUUAUGGCUUCCUGGGACUGGAAGAGGGAUGGAAAACAGCUCACGAAAAGGCCACCAUUUCUUAAAAUAAUGUUAUAAACAUUGCUAGGCAAAACCUAAUAGUUUUUAUGCCUUAGUUAUUCCGUCCCUGAAAAGUAAUGGCUGUUGUCGAUUAUGACUAGGCAGUUCUCUACCCGGAGUUCUCUAUCACAAGCACAAAAUAAUAAAUCAAGAAGGCAAGAAAAAAAAGUGAAAGACUUUACUCUCAUUUACUUCCCAUUGUAGCUAACAAGCAAACAAAAAUGAAAAUGUUGGGAACAGUUCUGCUUGUGUUGUGUUUCACUUAUGGCAUUUGUACUGCUGAAAAGCAAACUGGUCAUGUCGAAUACACAAUUUUGUUCGAUGCUGGAUCUAGUGGAACACGGAUGGAAAUUACCAAUUUCUUGAGCAGCGGUCCUUCUCUGAAACCUUCUGAUGUAGUUCAGCUCGAUGCAGAUCCCCAUAAAGUUAAACCUGGUCUUGACGACCUUCAUGACGACCCUUCAAAAGUUGAAGCUUAUCUGAUGCCUUUACUGGAAGCCGCCAAGAAGACCAUCCCAAAAGACAAGCAUUCGUCCACUCCAAUAUUUUUGCUCGCGACUGCUGGAAUGAGACUCUUGCCAGACGAUCAGGCAGAAGCUCUUUUGAAUGAAGUUAGAAAACUCUUUAAUGAUAAGGCAAAAUGCCCCUUUUUGUUUCAGAAAGACAGUGAUGCUCGAAUCAUCAAGGGAUGGGUUGAAGGGAUCUACUGUUGGGUGACCAUUAACUUUCUGGAGGGUGUUUUUGGUGGAGAAAAGAAAUCUUUUGGGGCAUUAGAUCUAGGAGGGGCAUCUCAUCAAAAUAGCUGGGAGUUCAACAACAAAACUAGUUCUGAUGUUUUUACGAUAGAAGUAGCGGGAAAUAAGUACAACAUUUUCUCUCGUAGCUAUCUGGGGUACGGGCAAGACCAAGCUCGAGAAACGUACUUAGAUUUCAUUGCUAAAGGGUCAAACUGCAGUGAUGAUCCUACGUGUGUUGUUAAAAGUCCUUGUCAUAACAAGGGGUUUAAUGAUACUCUAGAGUUUCAUGGCCAAAAACGCAUAUUUGAAGGUACGGAUCAGUUUGAUAUUUGUGAUGAAAUAGUUCACGAUUUGUUCUUCUGCCAUGAUUCGGAAAACCUGGACAAGUGUCCUUUCUCUGACCAACCUAAAUUAGAAGGAAAGUUUUACGGAAUUUCGGCCAUCUAUUACGUAUUAACAGAUAUAGGGGCAGUGUGUUCUGACUGCAAAAUUAAUGUAGCUACCCCCAGGAAGGUGUUAACUUAUGCCCAAUCGUUUUGCGGCAAAGAUUAUGAAGAUGUGAAAGAAGACCCUUACGCUAAAGAUAAUUGCUUUGGUAGUGUUUACAUCUACCAACUUCUCACCUCAGGCUACAAGCUAAGCCCUUCUAAGAUAAUAAAAGUGGCUACCACUCUGAAUGGGUUUGACUUAAGUUGGACCCUAGGGGCAGUGCUUCAUAACUCAGGAAUCCUAAAGGAAUAAUGAAGAUUUUGAUUGUAACUUCAAGUUGGCAUCUUCAUCAAAUAAAAUAUUAACCU